UAACACAGUAGUUUUCAAUUUCGAUUUAAAAACUGGAGAAUAAUUAGCAUAUGGCCACAAUGGAUCGAAUUUUGCCGCUGCCGCAGGUGACGACGAUAGAAAUAAGAGCCAAUUUACAUGACGACUUUUCACCCUGUGUUUUUGGCACGUUCCCUUUUAAAAUAGUCUUCGAAAAUCCUCGUGCAUUCACACGACGAUUUUUUCUUUGCGCGUUUCUUGCGUAUUUUUGACAUUUAAGCCUAAAAUUUUCUUUGGUCAACUCAUUCGUCUUCAUUUUUAAAGCGGAGCGAAUCGCGAAAUCAAACAUAACUUUUCACCCUGGGUGGAUCUUGUAAAUUGACACUCAGUCUACAGUCGUCGGACGAACGUCGUCGUUUGCUUUGGUUGGGUGCGUUCUCAUAUACAAGCUUCCAACGGGCACUGUCACACGCACCUUUUAUUAUUGCAUCGAGGUAUUCUUGCGGUCUUGACAGCAAUCAGAUAUUUGCGGUGAACACCAGAAUUAGAAUGUGCAGUGUUGGAAAACGAAAAGCGAUAGGGAUUGGAACCGUUGCAAAAAGCUUUUGAAUUACGAUUUAAUAAAACUUUAUAAAAAGGAUGUUGCAUUAAGUAAUACGAAUUAAAUCAUAUACAUUAAUUUCGAAUUUUACGUAAUAUUGAUAACUUACUGACAAGAUUUUUUGGCAAGUGAAUCUAAACCUGAUAAAAAACUUUCGCAUAGUAGGCUGGCGAUUGUUGUCAAGACGCCAUAUUUUUUAAAAAAGAAAAAAACAUACGGAAAGGCGGUCUUGACUGCAAUUCUUCGUUUAUAUUUGAUUAAUCAAGCGCUUAAAAGAUAUAAGCCAUGAUGAAUACAAGUGAGGAAGAGUUCACUAAUUCCGAUGCAUGGCUUUCGGAGCAAUUGUUCGCACAGUUAAAGGAAUUUAAUUCAGACUACAGAGAAAAGUCUAUGCCGGAUACUUCGGCGGCGUUUAUGUUUCCGUCUGGUAGUCUCAAUUGCUUGCGGGAGUAUGAGCCACAAGAUUUAACAAAAGCCAGAAUCGAUAAUUUUGAAUCGGUGUUUAAGCUACCGACGCCGACGAAUAUUACACCGUUCGACAUGAAUGACGUUCUUGACUUGAGUAAUAUAGCUGGUAGAGGAUCUGAUGCAGCCCUAUUGGAUUUAGUUGGGACAAUCCCAUUAACCCCGUUUACUGCACCGGUUGCGGAAAGUUCUAUAAUGGUUACUGAAACACCAAAACAAAUAGUGGAGACAUUCGAUGCCACAGAGGACGAGUUAAAGCUUCUGAAAUAUCUCGAAUCGCAACCGCAAAGUAAUCAGUUUGGUAUGUGGUUAUGCAUUAAUAGAAAUAAUUUCUAUAUACAUAUACACUAUGAUCAUUUGAUCUUUAUUAAUUUUAAAGUCGCUCUAGAUACUAAACUAUAUAUACCCCCUGAAUCUCCUGCGACUGCUUAUCGCAUUGUGAAAUGUUCGAAUUGCAACUGUCUCUUUGACAUAAUAUCCUUUCAAUCUCAUAUCUGUGACUACGAUGAACAUCAUAAUCUAAUUAUACCUCCUUCAUCUACAUCAACGCCCGUUAAUAAGCCAAUAAAGGAAGAGCCUAUUUUACCUCUCGAACCAGCGUGUAUUCGCUUAUUACGUGAAAAUCAAAUUCGUAUUCGUCGUUUUCUAAAGGACGAACUUAAAUAUGAUGUUAACGCCUCGAUCAAUAACAACAUCACCAACUCCAAUAAUACUAUAGGCAGUAAUACCUCUAACGGAGCUACUGGUUCUAACUCGUCUAACAAUAAUUCAAAAAAGCAAGAUGGACCACAUGAGUGCACUCUGUGUGAGCGCAAAUUUGUUCAUGCUUCAGGCUUAUUACGACAUAUGGAGAAACAUGCAAUGGAUCUCAUUCCAACACCGGGUGCUUCAUCUGGAGGCAAAACGGCUGCAUCGCAAGGUAGUUCCCUCCAAAGCGUUAACGGCUUACGAGUGGUCAUUAAAUGCACUUUGUGUGGACGAAUAUUCUUCGAACCAUAUGCUGCAUUCAAUCAUUUAUGUUCUCAUUUUCCGGGAAGCAUGAAGGAAGAAAAGGAGUUUGAUAAUUGCGCCGAAAUCCCGUAUGAAUCGUAUGUGGAUGAUGCUAUGAAUUUUUUAUUAACCGAGGCUAAAAGUAGUUCAGGUGCUUUAACAAAUUAUGAAGAUAAGCCUCCGAUGUAUCUCAAAAUGGUUAUCUUGAGCUGUAUUUUGCAGUGCGAAUUUUGUGAUUUUGUGUUCUCAGAGGUAUCAUAUUUGUUUGUUCAUUCGGCUUUUCAUUUGCCGGAACGCCGUUUUGAAUGCUUCGCAUGCGAUAUUCAUGUGCGAACGUCCAAGGAAAUUUGCGCACAUUGGCAAGCUGAGUGUGUUUUCACGCGGGAGAAUUUGAAAGUACACCAAGCCACCCUUCAGCGAUAUUUUGUAUGUAAUGUUUGCGAAAAUAAGUUUCAGUCACUUGAUCUGUUACAUGAACAUCGAUACACAGCAUAUCACUUUUUCCCACGGCUGAACAAAUGUCUCGGCGUUUUGCAACUACCAUGUGAAUAUUGCGAUGUAGUAUUUGAGUAUGCCCAAGAGUGUGUGGCUCAUUAUGAAGAGAAGCAUUAUAAAAAGUAUAAACGCGACAAAGAUGGCACAGGCUCAUCAAGCAAGACUCGCCAGUACUUAUGUGAUAUGUGCGGCAAGUCUUAUACACAAUCAAGCCAUUUAUGGCAGCAUUUGCGUUUUCAUCAAGGAGUAAAACCCUUUGCAUGCAAAGAACCCGGUUGCACCCGAAAAUUCACGAUUCGUCCUGAUUUGAAUGACCACAUACGCAAAUGUCAUACUGGUGAACGUCCCUAUCAUUGCUUGGUGUGUGGAAAGCGCUUCUUAACAGGUUCCGUUUUCUACCAACACCGUCUUAUACAUCGUGGAGAGCGACGCUACGAAUGCGAAGAGUGUGGCAAACGAUUUUAUCGUGCUGAUGCGUUAAAAAAUCAUCAACGUAUCCAUACAGGAGAGAAGCCAUUCGGUUGUUUAUUCUGUACGAAAAACUUCCGUCAACGCGGCGAUCGUGACAAACACAUACGAGCUCGUCACUCCCACUUGGAUGCCAAUGCACGAUUGAUGAUGCAAAUGCAAAAACUUCAGUUGGAAGCAGCAGCAGCAGCAGCUUCUGCCCAAGUAGCAGUUCAACAGCAACAAGCAAACACUGUUUUAAUGAGCGGAAUGCCCACUGUAGCACCCACUCUUUUGAGCAUGCCAUCUGCUAGCAAUGAUAUAAUUAGUAGCUUGGAACCGUCGUUAGACCCAAAUGAAGUUGUAAUGAUCGGAAAUGUUGCUUUUCCAAAAAGCAUGUUUGAAUCUAUAAUUCCAGAUAUAGACGAAGAGUCAGCCCUUAGAGCCAUGGAACAAUUACAAUAAGAUGACUACAUGUAUCUGUGAUAAAGAAAUCCAUAAACGUAAUUCUACUUAUAAAUAUAUAAAUAAUAAUAGAUUGGCGCUUACGACAUAUGUUAAUGUUUGGCCGAGAUUACUUAUGAUUUUAGUGGUAUAUAUAUUCAUAUUCAUAUGAACCAAAAAUUUUGAA